AUGACUACAGUUACACCUAAGGAAUAUAUUUCGGCGAAUUCAACAGAGCGGUAUAAUGUUAAAUUGCCGAAAGUGACACUCUUCUCUGCCGGAUAUAUACUAUCACUUUUCAUUACUGUUAUCAUCAUAUUCGGUUGUAUACGCACAAUCUCGACUAAACUUUCAGACGGUGAUGCAAAUACGCAAAGUUCUAAUAAUUGCAGUUUAGAUAUAUGCGAAAAGAAAUUUAAUAAAACACCACUACUUAUCCUUAGUUUCGACGGUUUCCGAAACAGCUAUUUGGAGCACAAUAUUACACCAUCAAUUCAACGUUUGAUAAACUAUGGCACCCACAGUAAAUAUAUGUUACCAACAUUUCCUUCUAAGACUUUUCCUAACCAUUACACCAUAGCAACCGGACUUUAUCCCGCCUGGCACGGAAUCAUUGAUAAUCGUUUCUAUGAUAUAAAACUGAAAGCUUUCUUCAAGAAAAGUACUAACAAACCUGGUUGGUACCUUGGUGAACCGAUAUGGAAAACAGCACAAAAAGCUGGCCUAAAAUCAGCAGUAUUUUUUUGGCCUGGAAGUGAGGAAUUAGAUAUUUUAGAAAAAUUGCCCAAUUACUGGAUGAAAUACAACAGCUCAACUCCAUUCAGACACCGCAUUGAUACAGUAAUUAAAUGGCUAAAGCUACCGGAUGAUGAACGGCCAUCACUUAUUCAAGCAUAUUUCGAAGAACCUGAUGUUUCAGGACAUAAACAUGGACCGGAUUCGCAAGCAGUUCACGAUGCAUUGAUCCUAAUGGAUGGAGUAAUUAAUUAUUUGAUAAGACGAUUACUUGAGGAAAAGCUCAUGGGCUGCAUUAAUCUCAUUUUGCUUUCUGAUCAUGGUAUGCAACAAAUGGAUAAGACAAAGUUUGUAGUCACCACAAAUUAUUCAGAACAGAACUUUGAUAAUAAAUUUUUUUCUGGAACAACAGCUCGAAUUCAAAUCAGCUAUAAAACUAAUUCAUCCGAUGGAAACAGUACAGAUGAUGUUAUCAAUGAUAUAAUUUCAACAAUGGAAUGUCAGUCUGGAAAUAGUUACAUAGCAUACAGAAAGGAUUUGGUGCCAAUAAGGUUUCAUUAUGCCGGUUCACUAAGAAUGGGCGAUGUUAUCAUUAAGGGACGACCGGGAGUGUGCAUUUUUCAAACGGAUGAAAAGAAAGAAUCGUAUAAUCGUCUUGGCGAUCAUGGCUAUGAUAAUCGAAUUGUUAGCAUGCGGACAAUCUUUAUCGCUAUUGGUCCUGAUAUUGCACAAAAUCGGAAAAUCAAUAGCUUUCAGAAUAUUGAGCUUUAUAACUUAUUCACAUAUUUGCUACGAAUUGAUGCAGCACCAAAUAAUGGAACCAACGGUACUCUAUUCCCUGUACUUCGCAAUCCUCCAGCUUUACCGAUAACGGCUCUGGAUCAACAAACAGAUCAAUGCACUGAUGAGAUAAAGAUAAGAAAGUGUAAAUCUUCGUGUGAUUGUCCGCUAAUGAAUGAGAACUAUUUCAAUUGUAUGACGGUAUUCAACAGUUCUAUCAGAGCUAGUUAUCAAUUUACGGGUGAACUCUGCAGCAUACAACUUUGUGACGCAAUCAUACAUUUCGAUAAGAAAUUACAAAAAACAGUUAUUAUAGAAGGUAUCAUGAAGAAUAGUAUUUGGCUGGAAGAGAUAAAUGAAAGCUGUGUCACUUGCAUUGAUAUCAUGCAAAAUAAUUCAUAUGAAAUUCCACAAGAUGGAAAAUAUUCAAUUUCACUAUUUGGAAACCUUGAUCAUUAUUAUACGCUUGAUUUAGCUAGAGUGAUUGUGCCAAAAAUUUUUGUUGAUAGAAUAUGGCGAUAUGUUUUAAAUGAAACAGCUAAAUAUUUGGCCAAAUAUGACAAAUUACGCUUCUUCUCUGGCGUAACGUAUGAUCAAGAUGGUGACGGCGUACGUGAUAGUGAUGAUGUCAUCAAAAAAAGUGAUCCGUCACACUUAUUCUUUGUGCCUAUGUGGUGUGAAAAUAGCACACUGAUCGAUCAUACUUCAUGCAAAGAUAUCAUUUUUAUUCCUUACAUAUUACCACUUAAAGGGAAAAAUUUGAAUUGUUUGGAGCCUUCAGAAUAUCUCUAUGAUAAUACAGCUCGAAUGCGUGAUAUCGAACUAUUAACUGGAAUAGAAUUUUUCACUGAUAGAAAUAUUUGGUCAGAUGUGGAAGCAAUCCAACUACGAACUUUAUUAAGAAUACGGUAA